GAGAAUUUAAUUGUAAUGAACAGUCGAAGCCCUCUCUCCAACUUUCAGAGAGAUAGUCGCGUCUCAUACAUCAUCUCUUGCUUCCAACAGGACAAGAACUCCUGGAAAACCCCUCAGUAUCCCAAGGCUUCACUAUCGUUCUUGGUGAUAAGCAACGACCUAAGGCUUUAGACAAGGCAUAGUAAACAUGGACGCCAGCGCACGUGUCGCUAAGCUUAUGCUCGUUCGCCGGAACAGCCGCAAGGACCUCGCAAAGUUAGGCACCCUCUUCUCCCAGUGGUCUUCCGCACGCUCGGCGAGCGAUCCUAUGAGGCGGAUGACUAUGGGUGGCGCGCCGCCACCUGUGCCAGCGCCUGAGCCUGUUGACGCCUGCAUGGACGCUUUCUGCGCAGUCCAGCUCAACCCCACCAACAGCAUCACCAAGCAAGACGGUCCAUUGUAUUCCCCACGUGGUAGCUUCAAGAACCUGGCCAGCUUGAUGCUCAGCCCGGCCACGAGCCUCAAAGAUGGGGCUUCGCUGCUUUCCCCACAGGCUAGCCUCAAGUCGAGUCUUGAAGCGCUCUUGCGUGCCAAUUUGAGGACCAACGAUGAUACCAACAAUGAGGCACCCCAACCGGAUAGGAUGGCCAGCGUUACAUCGCCAGCCGGUGUUGGGCCUAGCUUGCAAGUCUGCUGACUGCGGCGGCGAGACGAUGCUUUCAUCGGAAUCCUUUGCACCCAGAAUGCUGAAGUAUUUGCAUCAUCUUGAUUUUUAGCUUCGACUCGUGCUUCUCAGCCCUUGGCGGCGCAGUACAGGUUUGAUAGACUGGUGCGAUAGAGCAGCGGCGCCGUAAGUCGCCGGCUGCUGCGAGUUUUAUGAUGUUACUAGUUCCACUUGUCCCAUUCAUCGGUCUACUUUUUGAAGUUUUUUAUUUUUCGAACGCGCGUCUGACAAGUGUGAGUUUUUGCUUGGAUACUGGACGUCGUGAGCUGCGUCUUUGCUCCUUAGAGCCAUCGUAUGGCGCCAUUAUAACUCUUUUUUGGGGUGAUUGGACUCCCACGUGUAGCACCUAUAGCCCUAUUCAGCUAUCAGCUUUGGAAUUACUAGGCACUCGAUUGGGUGCGUGGAUUAUUAGACGUUCACAUAGCUUUGAUUAGAAAAAAAUUGCGGCGUGUGCCGCUAUCGUGUUGAAUCUAUCCUGGUUUGGUUGCCUUUGGGGCUCUAGACACCAUAGCCCAUCGUUAUCGUUACGCGUGUAAGAUGUAGCAGCCGGCUUCUUUGUUUUAUUUGGCUUCACUUGUAAUUGUACGGCCGUAC